AGCGGUUUUGGCUCAGGCCGCACCCAGGAGACAUGAUGCUUACAUUCUUCCUCGCUUUCUAUUCCGCGGUACACGCCCACAUGGUUGGCAAGCGGGGGCCGGAAAGUAAUGCUGCACAUUGUCGGGACACGAGGGCCAAGGCAAAAGCAAAGGCUUUGGCGACAUCUGCACGCGGAUCGCGUGAUCUGGGCAGUCUGUUCGCUGCCUCGGCCACGGCGGCGGCCCCCAACGAGUCUGAGGACGCACCGGCUGCCGGGUGCGAGGGCGGCGGCGGCGCUGUGGGUUCGGAUCUCGAGGCAAGGCCAGCAGCCGAGCUUGGGCAACAAUCCCGGCGACCCGCUGGCCGAGGCCAUCGGGGGCCAGGGAGCAAUGCAGAACAUUGCCGGGAAACGAGGGCAAAAGCAAAAGCAAAGGCUUUCGCAGCAUCCGCCGCCGGCUCGCGUAAUCUGGGCAGUAUGUUCGCUGCCUCAGCCAGGGCGGGGGCCGGCGGCGCCGUUCGCGUGGAUUCCUCGGCGGUGCAUUCUCGUGGACCCGUGGCGGCGGCCCCUCGGGAUGGCGCUUCUGAACUUGAUGUGGUCUCUUCGCGCGGGGGCGGCCCUGACGCGGCUCACGCCGCGCCUCCGGCCAGGGGCGAAGAUGGCGAAGCUGCCCCGGACGUCGCAGGGCAGGCGGCCGCGCUGGACGCGCAGCCAGAACGCAUGGUUCGCGGCGGCGCUUUGUCUAAGCACGACGAACGCAAUGCUCGUCGUCGGGCGGGCUACCUGGCGCGGGCGGCCGCAGAGAAUGCCGCGAAGCGAGGCCGCUACGACUCGGCUGCCCGGAGCCAGCGCCACCGCGAUACCUACGACCCCGACGCUCGCAGGCAGCAUUAUCUCGAGAACGAGCAGGAAGCGAGGGCGGAAUCCUACGACCCAGUUGCACGCCGGCAGCAGCACCUCGACAACUACGACUCCGAUGCCCGCCGCCAGCAGCACCUCGACAACUACGACUCCGAUGCCCGCCGCCAGCAGCACCUCGACAACUACGACUCCGAUGCCCGCCGCCAGCAGCACCUCGACAACUACGACUCCGAUGCCCGUCGCCAGCAUUAUCUCGAGAACGAGCAGGAAGCGAGGGCGGAAUCCUACGACCCAGAUGCACGCCGGCAGCAGCACCUCGACAACUACGACUCCGAUGCCCGCCGCCAGCAGCACCUCGACAACUACGACUCCGAUGCCCGCCGCCAGCAGCACCUCGACAACUACGACUCCGAUGCCCGCCGCCAGCAGCACCUCGACAACUACGACUCCGAUGCCCGCCGGCAGCAGUAUCUCGAUAACGCGAACGCGGAGAAGGACGCCAGGAAGGCGCGCUACAAACAGGACCCCCAGCCCGAGCGGGACCGCAAUCAGGAGCGCUAUCGGGAGAAGGUGGCGAUGAAGAAGGUCGCGCAAGCCAUCGCUGGCGCCCAGCGGCAGGCCGAAGUCCAGCGCACUUGGGCGUGGGCGCAAGACAACCAGUUGCCGCCAGCAUUCGCUUGCUUGGAGGACGCCGAGUGCUCCUCCUGGCUGCGCGAGCUGUAUGGCUUCUUCGACGAUGCCCCCGUGCUCACGUGCUCUUCUUGCAAUGAAAGAUGGUUCCAGGUGCCCGACAUUGUUACUGGAUACGGAUGGUCGACAAAAUCAUCCAAAGUACUCGGCUCGCCAGCCGGCGGCCCCUCCUUCUUCCCUGCCGACGAUGGCGACGGAUCCUACGUCCACGCCUCAGAGACCGCGGGGCGCGAGCGGAUGCUUCCCCGA